GGAUCUUUGAACAAUAACAAAACGUUUUUAGAUCGAUGACUUAACGUAGAAGUAGCUUAUAAAAAUAUAUCAAACUGAUUGAAAUCGAUUGAUAAUGGUCACUGAAAUAGUCGGAAAGUCAGAGCAGUCCAUUUCUUGAAGAUUUCAGCUUUGAACAGAAUGCUUUUAUUGGGUAUUCUUUUCUUCUUCACAUGACUUCAAAAAUACACAAUCAAUGAGAGCCUCAUACAUCUCCUUUCAAAUUGGCAAUAUCUUCAAGCUUGAACAUCAUUUCCAUGAGAAUAAAUGCCGAUAUUCACCUUCAAAAUGUUGACAAAUCUCAAAAUUUGACUUAUUCCAUUUUUUAACUAUUCUGAUUACAUAACAUUCACACAAAUUUACAAAGUUGGAAAUUUCAACACCAUUUGAAGAAGAAAAAUCAACAAAACAAAUCAUCAAGAACAGAUCAUAUUAGCUAGGAAGAAUAAUUAGCUCUUUCAUUGUCACAAUGGUUGUUGAUACAGAAUAUUACGAUAUCUUACAGAUAUCAACAGAUGCCACAGCUGCAGAUAUAAAGAAAGCAUACCGUAAAAGAUCAGUCAAAGAUCAUCCUGAUAAGAACCCAAAUGAUCCAAAUGCAACUGAAAAGUUUCAAGCUAUAUCACAAGCUUAUCAAGUGUUGAGUAAUGAGGAACUUAGAGCCAAGUAUGAUAAAUUUGGUAAAGAGUCAGCUGUGCCUAAUGAAGGGUUUGAAGAUGCUGGUGAAUAUUUCGCCAUGAUAUUUGGUGGUGAAGCUUUCGUAUCUUAUAUUGGUGAAUUGAGUUUGAUCAAAGAUUUAUCUAAAAGUGCUGAAAUAAAUGAAGAGGAAGAGAAGGAACAAGAAGAGAAGGAACAAGAAGAGAAGGAAAGAUUAGAGGAAGAGGCAAAGAAGAAAGCUGAUGAAACGAUAAAUAAAGAAAGCCAUUCUAAAACAACAAGUGCCACAUCUGAUGAACCUGAAGAGAAGAAAAAAUCCAAGCUAGAGGAACACGAAGAAGAAGUUCGUCAAAAGAAAGAAGAAACGGUGAAUACAUUAGCCAAGAAAUUGAUUGAAAGAUUAUCUGUAUUGACAGAAUCAUCCUAUGAUCAAGCUUGUAAAGAUUCUUUUCAAGCCAAAUUUGAAAUCGAAGCCAAUACACUGAAGAUGGAAUCUUUUGGCUUAGACAUCUUGCAUACAAUUGGUGGUAUUUAUGUUACAAAAGGUGAAAUAUUUUUAAAUUCUCAACAAUUCUUAGGUAUACCUGGGUUCUUCUCAUCAGUAAAAGCUAAAGGUGGGAUAGUGAUGGAUACUUUCAGAACCGUUUCAAGUGCGCUUGAUGCUCAAUCCACCAUGCAAGAGUUACAGAAGCUACAAGAGUUGAAAAACAGUACUGAUGUCCUUAAAGAUGAAAAAACUGGUGAAGAAAUACCAAAACCAACAGAUGAAGAAUUAGCAGAACUAGAGAAGAUAGUAAUGGGUAAAGUUCUAAGUGCAGCUUGGCAUGGGUCUAAGUAUGAAAUUCAAUCGACUCUUAGAGAGGUUUGUGAUAAAGUUUUAAAAGAUGAGACUGAAACAAAGAAAGUAAGAGCAAGAAGAGCCGAAAGUUUGAUCUUAUUAGGAAAAGUGUUUUUGAAUGCUAAAAGAAGUAAAGUUGAACAAGAAGAAGCUCAAAUAUUUGAAGAACUAGUUGCAGAAGCUACAAAGAAG